UUGGACAACCUAUUGACGGCAAAGGGUGAAAUCCAGACCGACCACACCCUCCCUGUCGAACAGAAGGGGUUGGGCAUUGUGCAACGUCAGCCGGUGGGCGAACCGCUUUAUACCGGUUUGAAGGCGAUUGACAGUAUGACGCCAAUCGGACGGGGGCAGCGGGAACUAAUCAUCGGCGACCGUCAAACGGGCAAAACGGCUAUCCCGAUCGAUACCAUCAUCAACCAGAAAAAUACCGAUGUGUUCUGCAUCUAUGUGGCGGUUGGACAGAAAGGUUCGACGGUUGCGCAGGUUGUGAAUACCCUAGAACAGUAUGGCGCAAUGGAUUACACGGUUAUCGUUUCUGCACCGGCAAGUGAACCGUCUCCGCUCCAAUACCUCGCACCCUACACAGGAACUUCGAUGGGAGAAUACUUCCGCGAUAAAGGACAACACGCACUGGUAAUUUACGAUGAUCUUACCAAACAUGCGUGGGCGUACCGUCAGAUGUCACUGCUUUCACGGCGUCCGCCGGGGCGUGAAGCGUAUCCGGGUGAUGUUUUUUAUCUACACUCCCGUUUGUUGGAGCGCGCCGCAAAACUCAGUGAUGAAUUAGGUGGCGGUUCGUUGACCGCUCUGCCUAUUAUCGAAAUUUUUGAAGGCGACCUCACGACCUAUAUCCCAACUAACGUGAUUUCGAUUACCGAUGGACAGAUCUACCUGACAUCGGAACUCUUCAACCAAGGCGUUCGUCCGGCAAUCGAUAUCGGCACAUCGGUGUCCCGCGUCGGUGGGCGAUGCACAAACGCGAGCGAUGAAGUCAGAUGA